CCUCCAAACUUUACUGCGAAGGGAGAGCACCAGAUGAGGUGUUACGCAAGGCCUGAUGUUUACCUCCCGCAGGGGCCUCCUCCCUCGCUAUAAAGCAUGACGUGGUAGGGAGAUUCGCAGAGACUGAGACUGAAGAGAGAGGCAAGCCCAGGAUAGGGGCAGAAAAGCGUCAGAAAGUUAACGCGGGAGACGGAGAGAGGGGCACGGACUCAGCAAGCAGCAGGGGCGGUCCGCCGUCUGCGCGCUCGAAGGCGGUCGCGGUGGUCGCAGAAGGGACGGCGCCCGGACGCUGGCUCCCUAUGGAGGCGCCCGAGCUGGGCCCGGGGCUAGUGGAGCGUCUGGAGCAACUGGCGACAUGCCCGCUGUGUGGGGGCCCCUUCGAGGACCCCGUGCUCCUGGCGUGUGAACACAGCUUCUGCCGCGCGUGCCUGGCCCGCUGCUGGGGGACCCCGCCGGCGACCGGCACCGAGGCGUCCCCCACCGCCUGCCCCUGCUGCGGACUGCCGUGCCCCCGCCGCAGCCUGAGGUCUAAUGUGCGGCUGGCGGUGGAGGUGCGGAUCAGCCGCGGACUGCGGGAGAAGCUGGCCGAGCCCGGGGCCCGCACGGGGAAACGCCGAGGAGGCCGCAUCCCCACCAUGGGCUGCCUGGACCCGCACGGAGAGGAUACGAGGCAGACAUGGAAAAGAUUUGAUGCCCCAACACCCAAGUCAUCUAACUCUGAGGAUGAUCUCCCUGAAGAUUACCCAGUGGUCAAAAACAUGCUUCACAGACUGACAGCCGACCUGACCCUGGACCCUGGCACUGCACACUGCCGCCUGCUUAUCUCCGAGGAUCGCCGCAGCGUCCGGCUGGCCCCACCAGGGACACCUGCGCCCCCUGAUGGCCCCGCGCGCUUCGAUCAGCUCCCAGCGGUGCUGGGCACACAGGGCUUCCGGGCUGGCCGCCACUGCUGGGAGGUGGAAACCUCGGACACUGCCUCUUGCAGAGACUCCUCCGGGGAGGAGGAGGAGGAGGAUGGGGAGAGCCUCUAUGCCGUGGGAGCUGCCGGGGAGUCGGUGCGACGCAAGGGCCGAGUAGGGCUGUGCCCCGCAGGGGCUGUGUGGGCCGUGGAGGGACGCGGUGGCCGCCUGUGGGCACUCACAGCGCCUGAGCCCACCCCACUGGGCAGCACCGGGCCCCCACCACGGCGCAUUCGCGUGGACUUGGACUGGGAGCGGGGCCGCGUGGCCUUCUACGAUGGCCGCUCGCUCGACCUGCUCUUCGCCUUCCAGGCGCCCGGCCCCCUGGGCGAGCGCAUCUUCCCACUGCUCUGCACCCGAGACCCCCGUGCCCCGCUCCGCAUAGUGCCAACGGAAGGCUGAGUCUCGCCCACAACCCCCAUUCUAGUUUGGCCCAUAACGAGGCUGCUUCCUUUUGGCCGUGGAAAUCCCCACUCAUUCCAGGGAUCACGUCCACAAGCCCACUGCCGUGUAUUGAUAAGCACCCUCACCCACCUACAUUGUCUCUUUUCUCCCAAAUAGUAAGACUUCAACUGGCCUCCAGUUUCCACAGCCACACCCAAAGUCAAAUCCAUUCCUGCCCCCCUCCUCUUGCGCCUCUUCUCCUCCACGUCUACCCCAGUACUUCCCAACUGAUCCCUCCCCUUCUACCUUCUAUUCCAGGCCUGAAUUGGGGACCAGGCCCUGACCCAUCAGUAUUGGUAAAUGGCCAGUGUUUACUACAGAGGCCCUGCUAGUCAAAUAUUUACUUCCCACCCCUGCCUCGCCUAGUCUCAAAGAAGGGCCCAGUGCCUUCUCCACAACUCUAAGGUUUGGGCUUCCCUACCCUGUUGACUCAAGAGAAACAAGAGCCUACUCCUAAAAAACAGGAGACGUGACUCUGGCUUGGGCCUUAGGGCUUUCUAGAGAGCUUAA